GUGUGCGUGAGACUCGCCAGUGUUUGACGUUUGUUUGAUGGCAAAAGUUUCGUGCAAAAGUGCUUGAAAAUCUGAAAAAUUUUGCAUUUCUUGUGAAAAUUGACUGAUUUUUGUUCAAAUUAUCAGUCAUUGUUGCAUAAAACUUACUUCGGAGAAAAUUGCCACGCUAGGUGAGGCAUUUCGUUGCGAAAAUGCCUACCGCAAGUGCCGCGUCAUGGGUAAAGUUCUUCUCGAAUGCCGGCAUCCCGUCGCAAGCGGCCGCUGGUUACGCCCACGUAUUCGUUGAAAACCGAAUACAGAUGGACAUGCUGAUGGAUCUCAACAAGGAGUAUCUGAGGGAGAUGGGCAUCACCACGAUGGGGGACAUCAUUGCCAUCCUGCGUCAUUCGAAGGUGGUCAGCGAGCAAAGUGCUCGGGAUAGAGUACUGUCCACACCGGGUGAAGAAAGCAGUAACGGAAGCUCUUCCGUGCCGGUGGCUGCGGUUUCGGCGACGCAGAGUUCCGCACCAAAAUCGAUGGUUUCAAGACCCUCUUCGACAGUAUCGCUUCCCAGCAAACCACGUCGGGUAUUCCCUGAGCACAAAAUCACACUUCCUACCAGCGGCAACAGCGGGCGAACAGUAAACGAGGUCCCCGAAAAGAAAGCUUCUGUGCCGAUGAUGUCAUCCAAAAAGGCGGACGUAUUCAAAAGGCUCUCGCACAAUUCCGACGAGGAGGAUGACGAUGAGGACGAGGACAGAAUUGGUGGACCGCCGCCUUCCAAGCUGGCAUCCAAAGUGAGCCUGAAAGGCAUCGAACCGAUCCGGGUUAGCAAAAGCACGACGUCGAUAUUUUCCCGGCUCGGUGGCAAAAGCAAACGGGACAUUACGGAUGGUCCCACCGGGAUACUGAAGAAGUCGCCCAGCAGACCACUUUCUUCAGAACGCAAAAUCACCACUACCUCUCAGAAGGUGAUCCUGGUGAAGAAGAUUCCUGCUAAAGCGGUCACUGCCCUGGAUGACGACGACUACGGAAAGCGCAGGAGCCAGCACACCCGUUCGAGAUCUUUCGACAGGAUGGACACGGGAGAACCCCUGAAGUCCGUAUCGUUCUCCGAGGAGGACGAAGUCCUCGAAAUAGAUCCUCGUCCAGCUGGAGGUAAACCCUCGCCCAAAAGUGGCGCCCGCAUGCGAUUUCACGAGCGGGAACCCGGGCCCGUUCGGUCCAGACUGGGACAUUCUCCAAAACGCAACCAGACCUCUCCGCUGCGCGGACCUCGCAAAACUGUUUUCAUGAAACCACAGAAAAUGUCAGCAGGAAACGUGACGACCCUGUCGCCGGCGUCGCUGUCCCGAUCGAAGAUGAAGUCCGACGCCAUGCUGAUGCGGAACGAGCUAUCGGUGAAAAAUCGACUGAAUCUGGCCGCCCGUAGUGGAGGGCCUGCGUCUAGCAAAACCGAUAGAAGUGAACGGUUCAGUCUGGAUUCCAAGCUAGCUAGCUUAAAACUGAAGGGAUCCGGAAAACCGCCAGGCAGCGGUGGUAGAAAAAGUGUCCCCAGUGCAAGCGUUUUCGAUCGGCUGGGAUACAAUAGGAAGUGAAACGGGAUGACGCCUUUUCCCCCUAAGGACUAUAAUAACGAUGAUAGUGAAUACAUUGUAUUUAUGCUAAGUUUGAUAGACUGUUCCACACAAAAGAGGAAAUUUGUCUAUGACAUUUUUGUUUAACAAAAAACUAACACGAGUGAGUCGGUGACCAUUUAUAUCUUGAGCAUAUUAUAACGUUAGUGUUUUGGUACCCGCAAACACACGAUAUUUGUGAAGUGUUGAACAUCGUUUGAAUAUAGCUAUGUAGAACUGAAAUAAAACUCAUCUAACAUAGAAAGAA